AUGCAACCCGAGGUAGUGGUGGAGGAGGACGAUGAUAAGGAUGAUGAUGAUGAUGAUGAUGAUGAUGAGGAGGAGGAGGAGGAGGAGGAAGAGGAGGAGGAGGAGGACGAGGAGGGAGGUGUUUUCAGGGUGACAGAGGGAGGGUAACCUAGAGAGUAAACUGUGUUGAGAAGGGGAACACAAGGUGAGAGGAGGUAGUGGGCUCUCGCUUUUAUAAAAUAUUAUGACCUAGUAACAUGCGAAAGAGUAUCUUUCCUGGCUGCCUAUAUCGGUAGUUAACGUAAACUUUCAUCUCGUCCCAAACACCUGCGGUUUAUUGCCAUGCUAAGGGCGUCAAGGGUUCUCUUCAACAUAUCCCUGCAUUAAAGUGGUUAUGGGUGAGCGGAAACUUAGAAAGCUACGACGAGAUGUGGGAAGGGGUCGAGUUAAAUUCUGAGCGAUAGUGGGGUAAGUCGGGGUGCCAGCGGUGAUGCCUACUGAAUUAUUGUCAGAGAAAUUAGCAGUGGUAUUAGCAGUCGCAUUACUAAUAUGAAUAGUAAUGCCAGGGGUGGUAGUGGUGGUGGCAGCGGUGAUGGUGGUGAUAAUACCGGUGAGAACGCUUCUACUACUAGUAUCGGCAGUUUUGAAGACGAAGAUGCGAUCACCGAAACAAGAAAUGUAUUGACCUGACGUCUCGGGAUCUUACUGAAACCCAUGUGGUGAGGUAUCGGACUAAUUUACCUUUGACAAUUUAGUCCCAUUUUCUUUGACCGGAUUGCUUGUUUGAAUGUGACAAGAAACGACACACCUGUACAACCCGCCUUGCUAGCGUGCUCCGCUGUCGUGCUCUGUUGUCCGGUUUCUUAAAGUUCAAAAUUUCUAUGUUAUUCAUUGCUCAGUUUUACUUGCUGCCUUUAAGGCUAGGGGCUCGUGAGAUAUAACUCGUUAGCUCGUGAGGACAUUACCUUUUACGGCACUCAUCACCAGAGACAGUCGCAGUGGUAGUCUUUAUGUCAGCAAUUGUGUCAGAAGUGCCAAACAGGACAGUAGAGUUUCAAAACGCGAACACCCACGGGUGACAUAUGCUGAGCGAAAUGAAAGAGAGGUCUAAUUAGUCAGAAUAUACAGACCCCCCCCCUGCCCAUCGGCGCUUCGACGCAAGAUCACUUCUAAUAAUGGAAUGGUAGGAAAAAGAGUAUUGGAAGUGAUGCCUUGACAGCCCUACCGAAAUUUCCUUGACUAGUACGUUUCCGGAUCGGUUAUCUAGGUCUUUUCCCAAAACGGGUGCGCGAUUUCCUGUUGGCGACUUUUUAGAAGUAAUGCCUUAAAACAAGCUUAUGACGUUUUUAUGACUUCCUGGCUAGUUUUAUAAUUUCGACGGUAUAAUCCUUUCUUUUAAAAGGUACCGGAACCGGACGAAACAGAACCAAAGAAUGAGCCUAGUGAGGACAAGGAACUAGGAAACACAUGCUGGGGACGAAGUUAGUAUUCAUUUCUGUGAAACUUCGAUUGAAGAACAGCAUCACGACAUGUUUUUGAUAGAAUUCUUGUCUCAGCAGCAUAUCACAAGUGUUAAACUGCUCCACCUUGAGGAACUAGGUGUCACUUUCUUCUAGGGGGGUAAAUAGAUGUCUCAAUUCCUGGACACUACUAACUUUACUUCGGUUAAACUUUAGAAGUCCUCUUGGCAGCUGGGUUUCCAUGGCAGACCAGAUCACAUGAAGGAUGUGCCCUGCUGUUUAGCUCCUGUUUGUUGAGUACACAAAUCGGAGACGGAAUGGAGCCAUGGUAGCACUGGAGGAAGGGCGAGCCGGCCGGAUAUCGGUCUGGACAGGUAAGUAUUCCCCCCUCGAACUAUGCAAAGAGCAGGGGGUUGUUUUCCACGCGGGUUUACUGACUCAGACAAUACCACGAACAGUCGAGAAAAAACAAUGACCAAAAGACAUUGCGGAAUGAAUGGCAUUGUUGUCAGAAGGCGUCGGGUACGAGGAACCGUACGAAAAAAUGAGUGUAAAUUUCGGUCCCCCUCCCUCGUCUUCCUCCUUCCGUAGAGGUAAAACGACAGGUCAAAGCAAGCAAAGGUGUUUUUUUUAACCGGAAGUGUGCUGGGCGUGUACACGGUUGUGAAGAGUCAUGAAAAGAGGGGGACAGAAAACACUGAGCAAUAUGAGCACAAAGGAAUUCGCUUUUCUCUGCCAGUUAACUGGACUUCGCUUGGCGUGUGAGUUAGAAGCUCCCUGAAUGGCACGCGUUCGCGGCCUCAAUACUCACUAGCACUGAUAACGAACAAAUUUGGGAUUUAGAAACGCCAACAGGGUCAAAGAACUCGUCCUGCUAUUAAUAUGAAAUAAAGUAAGUAUAAUUUUCCCUCUGUCAACCGAAACUUUGACUACAUUGCGGAGAAGUAACAGAGGGAGAAGGUCACUUGUUUGGAUAGAAGGUCUUCUAAAAUGAUUGAUUUCAGUGAGACAACUCUGAACUCUCCGGCACACAUCUCCGAGUAUAUAGAUACGUAUACAAGUCGUCUUAAUUACCACCGUGCAUUUCCUUGAGAGGAAAGAUGACCUAAUUACAUGAAUACUGUUUGUUUCUGUAUAAAAUUACAUUUGGGAAGACCAAACGCAAAUACCCAAGCCGCGACUUUAAAUAACAAAUAAAACGGGCGUAACAUCUAUGCUUCGACAGAGGUCUAGGUCGUUCGGUUGUAUUGUAGACUAAUGGCUGAGUAAUUUUAGCUCAUAGUUUCCAUCCUGUCAACUGUAUAAGUUCUCUUAGCUCAUCAGAUAUGAAAACAAACCUAUACGAUUUGAUACGGUUGUUCCAACACGUUUAGAUACUGCUGACCAGCGAACAGUAGGCACAAAACGGUCUGAAAUGACAAGUAACGGCUCAGAGCAGAGUCGUUCAAAACCGUGGUACAUGGCAAAUGACAUUAGCAAGAAAACCAGGCGGAAUUGGCAGGUUUUAGAACCCCAAGUCGCUGGUAAAUUCAAAAUAUAUAUUAAAAUUCAGUGCCACUGUAAACAUCAACUGUCAACUUUAUUCGCCGAUCUCAUUGGUUGAGGUUUCCUUGCCUUCCUGACUGAAUGUAAACUUCGCCGCGGUGGCUAAUUCAAAGUCUGUUAUUUUUUUGGAAAUUGCUUUUUGUUUAUUUUUCAAAUUUUUGGGCUCAUUUUCCUUGCCAAAUGACAGCAUAAGACAUUGCGCAGACGUUUAUUCAUUUUCUGUGUCUGCUCUCCAUCCUGCGUGUUGUCCCACCCAUAAAAAGCCCCUCUACCAACAUUCAAAGCAUGCUACGGUUUAGAUAUUAGCUAAAUCAAGACGGGGGUCAUACGCUCUACUGCUGCCUACCAGACAUUACUGAAGCACAGUCAGGCUUACUAUGUAAUCCAAUUCCUUCUGCAAGUCUGGCUACUUCCUUUGCAUGUGGGCCACCUCCAUUUAGCGCAGUAUUCUUGUUGGCAACCUAUUACUUGCAUAUGCUCCCAGUCGCUAUACGAAUACGCCUUAGGUCUCUAGAUCGCGCUGAAGACACAACAGGACUAGUGUGUCCCCUUAUCCGAUCGAUGAGCGUCGUUCUUCGACAGUUAGUAUUCCCUAUCACAACCGGUAGGGCGGUGAGCCCGUGGUUUAAUGGUUCAGAGGUCGGAUCUAAUUUCUGUAACUUGAGAAAUCGGAUUCGGACCUCAGGUCUCGCAAACCUGGUGAUGGGUAAGACUAGCUGACGGUGGCUAAUAAACCAGAAAUCGUGAAAACAUUCUCCCCAUUCUGUAUAUAUAUAUAGGCAGAAUAGUAUUGCCGACAAAGACAAGGGAGACUGGAAUGGCCAUUUCUGGCUUAUUAGCCGUCGUCAGCCAGCCAUACCCAAGCCCGAAGUGUGGAACACCUGAGCCUCGAACUCGCGACCUGUUGGUUUAGAAGUCAACGCCUCUACUCACCGGGCCACGAGCCCGUUGCCCUGUCGGUGAGUGCCCCCUAACAUAUAUACAUAUAUAUGACAGAUGGGCGCUCACCGAUCAAGUUACAGAACAUGCGCGUUCAAUCAACAAUGGGCGCACACAGAUCUAUUGACUGCACGAAGCAACCAAGCUCCGUAUGGGUUGGAAUUUCAAGUGAUCCACACUUGGGGUUGGGUAUGACUGGCUGAUGACGGCUAAUAAGCCAGAAAUGGACAUUCCGAUCUCCCUUGUCUUUGUCGGCUCCAUAUCAUCUAUAUCUACCACUAGUUGCUGUGCGACUGCCUGCGAGGGUUCUAGUAUGAGCCCCAAGGCACAGCGGAACGAGCAUGAUCCGUAACCUGAUCGGUGAGCGCCCAUCUGUCAUAUAUAUAUAUAUAUAUAAUGGCAGGGGGCGCUCACCGAUCGUUCAUACGGAACUCACUCGUUGCGUUCUGCCUUAAGGACUCUCUCUCGAGCCCAACCAGCAGCCGCACAGCAACCGACAAGGCAACGGGCUCGUGGCCCGGUGAGUAGAGGCGUUGACUUCUAAACCAACAGGUCGCGAGUUCGAGGCUCGGGUGUUCCACACUUCGGGCCUGGGAAUGGCUGGCUGACGACGGCUUAUAAGCCAGAAAUGGCUAUUCCAGUCUCCCUUGUCUUUGUCGGUAAUGCUAUUCUGCCUGUAUAUCAUGCGCCGCUGUGCGGCUGCUGGUUGGGCUCGAGAGAGAGUCCUUAAGGCACAACGGAACGAGUGAGUUCCGUAUGAACGAUCGGUGAGCGCCCCCUACCAUUGUAUAUUCGCGACCGAAAACCGACAAGGCAACGGGCUCGUGGCCCGGUGAGUAGAGGCGUUGACUUCUAAACCAACAGGUCGCGAGUUCGAGGCUCGGGUGUUCCACACUUCGGGCUCGGGUAUGGCUGGCUGACGACGGCUAAUAAGCCAGAAAUGGCCAUUCCAGUCUCCCUUGACCUUGUCGGUAAUGCUAUUCUGCCUGUAUAUAUAUAUAUAUAUAUUUCAAAGAAUAAUGAGUCCUUUGGGAAAAUGAACAAACUUUAUAUCGUAAAUUUUCGAGUCUGGUUCCCCAGCUCGUCUUCAGACGUGUAGCGAGUGUGAAGAAACAGUCAAAAUUUAAACAAUGCCGAAAAAAAUCGAUAUUGCUCUGUCAUGGCUUAGGAUGGGUUAAUAUGCUGUGGGCUGAUGUCACGUCUUGAUUGGCUAUUACCUUUUCCAUUUUUCUUUGAGAUUUGUGUACAUGGUAUCAAGGUCGAUGCGUCGAUUGAUGCGUGAAUCAUCAGAGUGAAUGGCCUCUAGGAAUUCUUGGCCUUUCUUAUAUGGGCAGGAACCGACAAUGCGUGUUUUAUCCCAAGCGAGUUUGUCCCCAGUUUCAAGAGUAUGCAUGGCGACUUGGGAUAAGUGGUCCCGCCGUUUCACUGCCAAUUGGUGUUCAUGUAGGCGUGUAGAGGCGGAUUUUCCGGUUUGACCACAGUACACUGCAUUACACGUGCCACAUGGAAUCUUAUAGACUACUUCUUUCUUAUCCAAAUAGCCAACCCUAUCCUUAGGGUGUACAAGCUGAUUGCGUAGCGUGGUAGUCGGUUUGUGAACCACUUGUAUUUGGUGCUUCCUCAGGUGUCUUUCAACGAGUUCAGACACAUUUUUAAUGAAAGGAAGCAUUCGCCAAUGUUUUGGUUUUGGCGUCUGAUCGGAACAAUCUAGUUCCUUCUCUCUUUCUUUUGAUUCCUGCUCUUUCAUGCAUCGGCGUACAAAAUCUCUAGGGAAGUCGUUUUGGGAAAAUAGGUUGAAAUAAUUGAGUUCUUCUUUGUAACCUUCGUUCUCAGAGCAAUGUGUCUUUGCUCGAUUGAGUAGGGUCUUAACAGCACUCCUUUUGUGAGCCAUAGGGUGGUUGCUCUCGUAAUGUAGGAUAACUUCCGCGUAAGUUUCUUUGCGGUAUACUGAUGUCUGGAAUGUCCCGUCAGUUUUUCGCUGUACGAGGACAUCAAAAAAUGGGAGUUUGCUGUUAGCUUCUCUUUCGAGCGUGAACGUAAUUCCCGGUAGUGUUGAGUUGAUAGCUUUAUGCAGAGUUUCUAGCUGAUCUCUCUUGACGGUGACAAAGGUGUCAUCUACGUAGCGUUCCCACAAUUUGGGAUUGACUAAUGGUAAGGCUAUAGCCUCUAAUUUUUGCAUUGCGACUUCAGCCAAAAAGCCAGAAAUAGGUGACCCCAUAGGAGCUCCUUUCAGCUGUCGAUAACAUUCAUGUGCGAACGAGAAGUUCGUUUCCAGACAUAGGUCCAAGAGUUCAAGCAAAGCAGCUGCAGGAACAUCCAUGUCGUAGGACUGUAAGAGUUCUUCUGUGCACUGCCUUGCCAAAUCGAGUGGUAUGAACGUGAAUAGAGAGAUGACAUUGAACGACACCAUUAUCUCAUCUGAUUCAAUAGUGAGUCCUCUUAUCUUGUCUAGGAAUUCAACUGAAUUGUCGAUUGAAGUCUCACAAUCCUUUCUUAAGGGAUGGAUUUUGUGGAAUAGCCAUUUAGAGAUUUUGUAAUUCGGUAGAAUGUUAUUACCCACAAAGACAAUGGACACUAGAAUGGCCACUUCUGGCUUAUUUGCUGUCGUCCGCCAGUCACAUCCAAUCCCGAGGUGUGGAACAUCUGGGGCUUGAACCCCCGAUCUGUUGCUAUGAAGUCCAAAGUCUCUAAUCGCUGAGCCACGGGCUCGUUUUCCUGUCAGUCUCGAUCGGGAAUGACUGGCCGACGACGACUAAUAAGCCAGAAAUGGCCAUCCAAGUCUCCCUUGUCUUUGUAGGUAAUAACACUCUGCCCAUAUCAUGCGCUGCUCUACGGCUGCUGGUUGGGCUCUAGAGAAAGCCCGUAAGGCACAGCGGAAUGAGAGAGUUCCGUAAGAACGGUCGGAGAGCGGUCCUCUACCAUUAUAUAUACUGUAGGUAGACUAACUCAUGAAAUGUCGACCGAAAUUCCGAAAUGGGUUUUCGUUUCAAAAAGAUUAAUUAAGUAGGGUUGUAAAACUAAUCAGCCUGGAACAGAAUUCUAUAAUAUUCCAGUUACCUCAGGAUGCCGGCUUUCGAACGAACUUUCUUCCGACUGCAUGCAAAAACUACAGUCUAAAGAAUUACUACGUAUACAGCAUAAUUUUUUCUCAUUAAUUUUUGAUUCCCCUAAAAGUCCACUUACAUUUCAUGGAAAACAUGCAUCAAACAGCCGCUAUCUUUUUCGUUUGUUAGAGAUUUACGUUUUCUUCCAAUUUUUUACUCAAAGGGUUUUAAGAAAGUUCUUAAUUGUAGGAUUUUUUAAUGCCCUGAAAUUGCUGUUCAUAAAACGUCAUGUCUCUGCAUGUACCAAUAUGCCUUGUAAAGUUAAGAAUAUGGCACAAAUCAACUGCUAAAUUUUACGAACUGCAUGUAGUCUCCUCCUAAUUCUGUCGAGAAAUUUAAGAAUUUCCGUACGCGGGAAGUAUACGGCUUGUAGUUUGGAAACCCUGAAUGCAAGUGCAACGGUGGGUCAAGUUCAAAAUUAUUCGAGAAAUGGGAAUGUUUUUGGAAACCAAAUGAUCCCCUUCCUUCGAAGACAAUAUUGGAAGAAGACGUAAUUUUCUACCGAAUGAACGAAAGAAUGAAUAUUUUUAUGCAGGUUUUCCAUAAAAUAUAAUUGGACUUUUAUGGGCAUCGAAAAUCAAUGAAAAAAAUGCAUGCAACUUAAGUUGUCAUUUUUUAUAUUGUAGUUUAUGCAUGCAGCCGAAAGGAAGUACGUUUGAAAGCCGACAUCCUGAGGUAACUGAAAUACUAUAGAAUUAUGUUCCAGGCUGACUAGUUUUGCAACCCUACUUUAUUAAUCUUUUUGAAACGAAAACCCAUUUCGGAAUUUCGGUCGACAUUUCAUUAGUUAGCCCACCUCCUGUACUUCGUGUAAUUGGCUCGAGAUAAGCACCCAGAUGACGGUAGGCUGUAGGAACCCAACUAACUUGAGGUAACCUGUGGACCGCGUCAUACGAAAAUUGUGGUAGAGGGGUUUUAGUGGUGGGGUAAAACGCAGGAAAACGAGCAGGCGGAGUGCAAGAAAACACACCGAAAAUAAUUGAAUUCCCGUCGAAAGUCUAAGCCUACGCUGUCAUAUGCCAGCGAAAGUGAGCACGCCAAUUACAGAAAUAGACAAAAUACACAUAGCUGUCGUAGACAAAACGGUUGGGGUCCCACACCCUACCGUUUACAGCUCCGAAAUAGUGCUAUUUCUCGUAAAAACGCACUUACAGAAUUUCGCCAGGAGCAUCGACAGGAGCAUCGACUGCGCAGUCCCCACCACACCUUACAGCUAACCGUCACAACUACUAGUGACAGAAACUCUGAAGUUUCUUGUGCAUAACUACAGCAAAAGCUCUCCACAUGGAACGCUAUUUCUUUCUUGCGGGUAAAUAUACUAAUUCACACCUUGCUCGUCCAACCGCAGUCCAAAUAAAAGGCCAUGACCAGAGCAUCUGGCGAGUUUUUCGUCCCUGUUAAAUGCCAGCGGGUAAACAGAGGGUAAUGUAACGGUCCCAAGUUUGGUUAAGCGAAUGAAGGAGACAGCUUUGCUGAUGAAUCCACCCCCCUGGGUUCCACCGGUAGAGACACCUGUAGGUCCUCUCAAGCAGGUUCCCACACAGCAAGUGAUCUUAGGUGGUUUUUAGGGCCGGCACAGUUACUAAACGAUUCUAGGACCCCAAAUUAUAUGUAUCGAUACUAGGACAAUUUAUAUAUCAUGGAAGCAUCAAAAAUCUGUCAAAAUACACAUUUAUUAAGUGGCGCUUUGUCCAGAAUGAGGUCAAAAAUAUUUCCUAUUGAAAACAUGUCGGGUCGAAGUGCAUAGCUACUAGUUUUAUAAACUUCACUGAACAAUAUCUUCUAUUUGACAGCGUGGCUGCAAAAUCCAACCAAAAAUUGGCGGGCUUCGGCUAACACGGUAAUUUUUUACAAGCCCCCCCCCCGGUGAUCGAAAGUGCCUUGAGUUGAAGAGCUAUCGGUUGAUAGUCCUAUGUACGCUGAAUCUCAAGUGCAUUCAGAGGUGCAGUUCUGAACAAAGGCUUAACAUGACGGGAAGACAGGGGCCGUAAUGGCAUCACUACAUUUAUCUCAUUUUCAACGCUGACGUUUGGGCCGACAUUCAAAAGCUAUCCACCCGUGAAAAAAGGGGUUGUCUAAUAGUCCAUAGGUAACGGCUGAUAGGUGAGCUGAUGGAAGUGAUUUGUUUCAAGAUCAGAAGGGCCACACCAAAACAAAAAACGCGCCGACAUCGCUGGUCAGUAAAAUGCUAGAAAGUUCCAGCGUCUGCCUGGUUGUCUAUCCAGCUGUCUUCGUCCUCUCUGACAUACGCUGCUUCGCGAGACGCCCCCCCCCCCAUCCUCACGGACUCAUCUUCCCAAACCAGUAGAAAAAAUCACUCAUUAGGGCUCUUUGCUCUGAAGGUUAUGACAGGUUGUCUUGGGCAAUUAAAUGAAAGAGGGAGAUAACCCUCAAUUUCGGAUUUCUAAACGCCAGACAUAAUGACCUUCCCUCAGUCGCUUCCUCCUCCUCCUUUUAUCCUGACCACGACACCAUUUUCCCUUUCCCUGUCUUUAGGACGAUAGGCUCUUCCCAUCGCAGUGGCAGGGUAUAGGCAGAACAAAGGACUGAACACGUAAUUAGUCCUCAUCUACAUCGGGACGACAAUUGAUUUUUUGAAAAAAAUUGUCCAGAUGAAGAGCGAUACCUAAUUACUACUAGUCCCAGAUUGAAAUACAUACAGAGCGGGAGAUGAUGUCGAAGUUAUUUCCUUCUAGAUUAAUUCACUUUGAACCCAAACAGACAGAGAGGCGAAAAAGGGUAGGAGGACUGCGGUCUAAAGAAAUCCAGCUGUGAAAGAGGGACGCCCACCGAUUGCGUUACGGGACACACUCGUCACGCUUUGCGCCACCGACCGCAUAGGGGCUAUUAGUAUAGGCUGAAUAACAUUCCUGACAAAUGCAAAGGGGACUGGAAUGUUCAUUCCUGACUCAUUGGCCGUCAUCAGCCAGCCAAACCCAAUCUCAGGUUUUUCGCAACCUCAGAGGCUCGAUCCCCGAUCUGUUAGUUAGACGUCCAACGCCAUAACCAGCUGUAAAUAGUCAAAAGGCGAGAGCGGGGGUGGCAUCAAAUAGCAUGGCCUGAAAACGCAUGUUUGAGGCGAUUUUAAGUGAACUCGUAUUGAAUCUGCGACAGUCGUAAGUCAACACAUCAGACAAAAUGCUAACUUUCGGCCGUAACCUCCUGCAGAGUCGAGAUUACGGUCAGAGAGGCAUCAGCAGGGGAAAACUUGUUUUCUAUUCACGUCGCCGUAGUUACACGCGGUGGGCUAACUCAGUCAGUCAGCAGUAUAAUUCUAUAAUAAUUCAGUUUCUUCAAGAGGCUGGCUUUCGAACAAACUUCCAUCCGGCUGCAUACAAAAACUAUACCCUGUAAAAAAUAACUACUUAUGUAGCAUGCAUUUUUCUCGUUGAUUUUCGAUGCCUUUAACUGCUCAAUUAUGAUUCAUGAAAAACAUGUAUAAAAAUAUUCAUUCUUUCACUCAUUCGGUAGAAAAUUACGCUUUUUUCCAAUUUUAUCUUCGAAGAAAGGGGAUAAUUUUGUUUUCAAAAAUGUUUCCACUCCCCGAAUCAUUUUAAACCCGCUCUACUGUCACAUUUGGAUUCAGGGUUUAGAAACUACACACCACGUGUUUUCCGCGUACGGAAACCCACACAUUCAUCCACGGUAUUGAGAGGAGAAGAUACGGGGUUCAUACAAUUUAACAGUGAAUUUGAUCCAGAUUGCUAACUUUACAAGUCAUAUUGCUAAAUGCAGAGACGUGACGUUUUUUGAACGGACAUUUCAUGGCUCUUAAAAAUCUCACAACUAGGAACAUUUAUAAAACCGCAUUAUGUCCGUCCUUCAGGUAUAAAAUUAGGAGAAGACGUAAUUUUCUACCGAAUGAGCAAAAGAAUGAAUUUGUUUACGCGUGUUUUCCAUGACGUUUAAAUGAAUAUUUAGGGGCAUCGAAAAUCAACGGGAAAAAUGCAUGUUACAAAAGUAGUCAUUUUUACAGAGUUUAGUUUUUGUAUGCAGCCAGUUGGAUGUUCGUUCGAAAGCCAGCACCUUGAGGUAACCGAAGUAUUAUAGAAUUAUACUACGCGACUAUUAGUUUUAUAACCCUGCAUGAUUUGUCUUUUCGAGGAGAAAACACAUUUAAGAAUGCCAAUUGACAUUUCAUGAGUUAGCCCACUUACUGCAUGCACCAGGAAGCAGAUAAGAUCCUCCUAAGAGUAGUCGAUAAAUAGGCUGAUUUGAGCGCACACCUAGUGGCUCAUUCAUCCGGGUAAUCUGUGUCAUUAUGUUGUAAAUACCGCAGUUUGAUGAUGAUGAUGAUGAUGAUGAUGAUGAUAAUGAUGAUGAUGAUGAUGAUGAUGAUGAUGAUGAUGAUGAUGAUGAUGAUGAUGAUGAUGAUGAUGAUGAUGAUGAUGAUGAUGAUGAUGGUGGUCGCCUUUGGCCUGUAUGCAAUCUGACUUCAAAUGAUUGA